ACCUCCAAAACCCUUUCGAGGGCUACAAGAAACGAGGAAGGACAGACGAACGACGAACGACAGACAGGGAACGAUGGAGGGGGCUAUGAGUGUACUGAUGAGAAGAGAUGGGUCUUGAGGCGGGACUGGAACAGGUCAAAACUCACCCAAUCAUCAGCAGCAGUUUUUGUCAUGGAUUGUCCAUCAGGCACUGUGGCCUUCACUGCCAAGCUCAAAGUGGAGGACAGCUACCCGCCUGGCAAUGGAGUGCUGAAGUUUGCCACGGUGCUGAUCAACGAGGGAGGGGGAUACAGGGCCGACACUGGGAUCUUCACAUGCCCACGGGACGGCUUCUAUCACUUCAGUAUGCAUGUGUCUGUGGUUGGGUGUGGACAGUGUGCUAUAUACAAAAAUGGUCAGAAAGUUGUGUCUCUGUAUCACUCCACUCUCCCUCAGAAGUACAGCGAGGUGGCCAGCAUGAGCAGCGUGAUCCAACUGACUGGAGACGACAAGGUGUGGGUGAAUCUGUGGGGGCCGGGCAGAAACAAUAUCUUUGCAACUGAAGAUAACGAAACUGUUUUUGUUGGGUUUCGUUUGGGUUAAUCAAAGCAUUAAUAAAGUCUGGUGAGUGCAACUUCAGUCAUAUAUCAGUGGAUGAAGUGUGUAACAUGAAUGUUACCUUGUGCUUUCAAUAAAAAAUAUCAAUGCUUUACUAAA